AAAUAAAUAAAUAUAAAGAAAUAUACAAGCAAUACGCGCAAAAAACUGGGUAGAAGGAAUCCCCUUUUCGUCUCAUUUUUGAAGUCAGAACAUGCUCGGAAGUUGCUUUCAAAACUUGUAUAUUAUUCCCAAUUGAUUACCCUCCUUCCAUUAUUGCCUUUACUUUUCGAAUUCGUAAUCGCCUUUUUUGAAAGACAUUGUUCUUCUUGGAUCGGGAAAACAUGGGAGGUGGAAAGAAUGAAGAAUCUGAUAAGGGACUAUUUUCACAUCUACUUGGUCAUGGUGGAGGUCAUGGGUAUCCUCCUCAGUACCCUCCACCACCCGGCGCAUAUCCUCCGCAAGGCUAUCCACCACAGCAAGGUUACCCUCCACAAGGUUACCCUCCACAAGGCUACCCUCCUUCACAAGGCUACCCUCCUCCACAAGGUUACCCUCCUGCCGGCUAUCCACCAGCUGGUUAUCCCCCUGCUGGAUACCCUCCAGCUGCUCAUGGCCCAUCAGGCUCACAUCAUUCAGGGCACAGCGGUAUGGGGGCACUGCUUGCUGGGGGUGCCGCAGCGGCUGCAGCUGCUUAUGGUGCAUCUUACUUGGCACAUGGGGCUCAUAGUCACAUGCCCCAUGGGGCUCAUAGUCACAUGCCCCAUGUAGCUCAUCAUAUGUCCCAUGGAGGCAAAUUCAAGCAUGGUAAGCAUGGGAAGCAUGGAAUGUUCGGAGGCAAGUUCAAGAAGUGGAAGUGAUUUGCUCUUGUUGAUCUACUAAAUCAUAUGACUCUUGACUCUAUGGAACACUCGAUGCUGGUUUUCUUCAAUAAUUCAUACAGUCUGUGAUGACUUUAAUCUCUUUGUCUAUUUGAUUGGAUCUUGUAUGUUUUUACAAAGUUAUAUAUAUACAUAUUACCUUCUGGCUUA